AAUUCAAGGGAUCAGUGUUACACUUUUCCUAAAGGAUUAAACAGAUCUUCCUUUGCUGUUGAAUGGAGGCAGGGAACCCACCGUUGCCCGGCCCUGAAGGCCCAGGGUGCCCUUUUGAUCAUUUCAGUCUCUCCUCGGUGCAAAACUUCUGAUUGGUCCGGAGAGUAAGAAGGGGGAAAAUCUUUAAUUAAGCAGAUAAUCUCUUGUUGGGGACGAGAGCAGCUCCAUUUCAGAGCCCCCUCCUUGAGUCCUGGAAGCCCCUGGAGAAGUUUCAUGUGCUGCUAGCUGCUCAGUUUCCUCUCCAUCGUUGGACCGUCUGCAGGCUCUGGACUGGAUCCCUCUCACCUGUCAGGAUGUUCAUGCAUUUGGAGGCUUUCUAUUACAUCUUCAUUCUCCUGGCUAACAUGAGGUCCUGCUACUGCUGGUCAGUGAAUAAUUUCCUGAUGACUGGACCCAAGGCGUACCUGAUCUACUCCAGCAGUGUGGCGGCAGGCGCUCAGAGCGGCAUCGAGGAGUGCAAAUACCAGUUUGAAUGGGACCGCUGGAACUGCCCCGAGAGAGCUCUGCAGCUGUCCACGCACAGCAGCCUGCGCAGCGCUAAUCGGGAGACAGCGUUCGUUCACGCCAUCAGCUCAGCUGGGGUCAUGUACACUUUAACCAGGAACUGCAGCCUCGGAGACUUCGACAACUGCGGCUGCGACGACAGCCGCAACGGACAGCGAGGUGGUCACGGCUGGCUCUGGGGCGGCUGCAGUGACAACGUCGGCUUCGGCGAGGCCAUUUCCAAACAGUUUGUCGACGCUUUGGAGACGGGGCAGGACGCGAGGGCGGCCAUGAAUCUUCAUAAUAACGAGGCCGGCCGUAAGGCUGUUAAAGGAACCAUGCAGAGGACAUGUAAGUGCCACGGCGUCUCAGGAAGCUGCACCACUCAGACCUGCUGGCUGCAGCUGCCCGAGUUCAGGGAGGUGGGGAUCUACCUGAAGGAGAAAUACCACCGGGCUCUGAAGGUGGACCUCCUCCGAGGGGCGGGGAACAGCGCGGCCAGCCGGGGGGCCAUCGCCGAGACUUUUAGCUCCAUCUCUCGCAAGGAGUUGGUCCACCUCGAGGACUCCCCCGACUACUGCCUGGAAAACCGCACCCUGGGCUUGCCGGGCACAGAGGGCCGGGAAUGUCUCAAGAAGGGGAAGAACUUGAGCAAAUGGGAGAAGCGGAGCUGCAAGAGGCUGUGUGGGGAGUGCGGGCUGGCGGUGGAGGAGCGCAAAGCCGAGAUGGUGUCCAGCUGUAAUUGCAAAUUUCAUUGGUGCUGCGCGGUGAAGUGCGAGCAGUGCAGAAAGACAGUGACCAAGUACUUUUGUGUGAAGAAAGGAGGUCAGAGGGGAAGGAACGAGAGCGCCGGAAGCCGCCGGAAGAACCUGAGAUUGAGGAAGAAGCACUGAUCAUCUUCCCCUUCACCUUCUGUCGUCAAACAUGUACCAAUGCAGUCACCCACACUCUCGGGGCAUGCUCAGAUAGUCUGCUAUCGGACUAAAACUUAGCAGAAAAUACAAGUUCAGACCACCGUCUCUGUCAGUUUUGUGUAAAAGGUUGGAGACAGCUAGAUGUGCACAGCCACAUGACAGCAAAGAUGAGGAGUGGAGGUCUUAAAACUUUGUAGAUUUUUUUUGGUAUAUAUGUAUUUAAGAUAUAUUUUUAUACUUUAUACAACAUUUGGAAAAGUCACAGCGCAUUAAAAAAUAGUUUUUCUCCGGCUUCAAAAAUUCCCACAAAUCCAUUUAUUUAUUUUUUA